GUCAAUUGCCGCGGCCAAUCGCCCUCAGCCCGGUUAACGAGGCUCUUGUGAGAAGUUGUCAUCCUCGUCAAUCCUGUCACUACUUCUCCUUCCUACCACUCGUCUCGACUCCCCGACGACACUCGACUUCAUCGGCCACAAUGGAGUUCCGAAGCCUCGCCCGACCAGCCGCUCGGCUGCUCAAGUCCCCUGCCUCAGGGCUCCCUCUCAUUCCUAGCCGUGGCCACAAGACGACGGCUCGAACGAAGCGGUCACUCAAGAUUGCCCCUCACGAAUCCUUCCAACCCGACCGAAAGACCGCCUUUCCCGCCGCCGACUCUAUCAUCUACAACCCCCCCGCCUCCGAGGCUUCUCCCCUCCACACGCCAUUCCUCUUCCUCCCUCCCAAUGAUGCGCGCCGAGCUGCCAUCACACGCCUUCGACACACUCCCGGCUCACCUGUGGCCCCUCCCGCCGAAGGCAAACUACCUCCAAAAAUGAACUAUCCUCGCCGAGACCCCAACUACAACCUCAAGGCUACCGAUAUUCAAGAAAUGAAGAGACUACGGGCGGAGGACCCUGUGACCUGGAGUGUCAACAAGCUUGCCGAGAAGUUUGGUUGCUCAACAAUCUUUGUCAAGAUGGCUGCGCCGGCACCUGCGGGACAUCUCAAAGCCCUUCAGGCCAAGCAAGAGCGGAGGGAGGCCAGGUGGGGUGCUAUCCGGACCAAAGCAAGGGAGGACCGCAAGCGGAGGACAGAGAUGCUUUACCGCGGCGAGUUGUAGAGAAAUUAUUACCGAAUACGCCAUCAAGGGCAGCGCGGCGCAGCAUAGGUGGAACGGACCUGUACAAACAUACGAGACCGUCCGGGGCACGUGUAGGAUUAUGUGUGGCGUGAGGAAGCAUGGAGAGAUGCGGAUCUUUUGGAGCCCGGGCCGCAUGGGCAAAAUCACUUUGUAUAACUGCCAAAUACCAAGAACUCCCCC